AUGGCCGGCGUCUGUGAGCAUCCCUCCAGCAUUGGCUGGGUCCCAAACUCGCAUGCUGAUGGCGCACCAUGGCACGUUGGUUGCGGUCACGUAGUCAACGACUACCAUCUAGCAUUGGCUGGGUCCCAAACUCGCAUGCUGAUGGCGCAUCAUGGCGCAUUGGUUGUGGUCACGUUGUCAACGACCAGUGUGAAGUCAAGCGAGCUAGGUGUUGUGGACAAAGAAACUGUAGGCUGCGGAAGCAAACACUGGCUGACUGCAGCUACGGACUGCCUGAUGCCAGAAGUUGUGGGAAUGUGCUUCCCCAUUUAG